AUGCUGGCCUCCUGGCGAAGGUCGGCUGGCGGCCUGGCAUCCGCACUUCGUAGCUGCAUCGCCCACUGCGAGGAAGCCCUCUGGAUCGGCUGGCCGGGCUGCGUGCCGAGCUCGGAGGACCAGGAGCGGCUCACGAAGCGUCUCGCCGAGGCCUCCGCUUCAUGGAACUGCCGGAUGAUCCCGGUUUGGCUCCAGCAGGGUGAUGUGGACGAUUUCUACACAGGCUUCUCGAACUCGUCCUUGUGGCCCCUGAUGCACUGGAUGACGACGAACGCACGCUUCAAGCGCGUGUGGGCCGAGGCGUACCGCCGGGUGAAUGAGCAGUUUGCAGAUGUCAUUCUCACGGAAGCCACGCCGAUGGACCUCGUAUGGAUCCAUGACUACCACCUCUUCCUGGUCCCGCAGAUGCUGCGCAAGAAGCGCGAUAUCAAGCUGGUACAGGCAGAGGCAGAGAAGUCUGGCCUGGUUCAGCUCGAGAGACCAGGCCAUUUGCCACCGGAGCUGCCGCACGCGGACGCUGACGUGCGGCACGUAAAGCGGCCAGAGGGCCUCCCCAGCACCCCAGAGGAUGCCGAGUCAGAAGCACAGCCGGCAGCUGCACACUCUACCAGCGAGACCUUCGAGGAGCCAAUGUCUUCAAAUUCGCCGAAGGCUGAGCGCCAUGCCUUCAAGUCCUGCACGGAUCGCUUGACUUUGCUUGGCGAGGAGGAGCCGCCGGCAGAGGAGGAAGCCGAAAAGCCUGGCAGGGAUGGCUACCCAAAUGCGUCGACGAAGAAGAUGCGGCGAAGCAUCACGCAAGUGGAGAUGGCAAGCAAGCUGCGAAUUGCUUUCUUCCUUCACACGCCCUUCCCAGGGUACGAGGUCCUGUGCGUGCUGCCCCAGUGUGUCGAUGUGGUGGAGGGCGUGCUGGGUGCUGACUUGGUUGGCUUCCAUACCUACAACUACCUGCGUCAUUUCCGGUCGUGCGUCAUCCGUCUUUGCGGCUUCACGCCGGACAUCGACCAUGUAGACCAUCGGGGUCAAAGAACACACUUGGGCGUUUUUCCUAUUGGGGCGAAUGUCAAUGAUAUCAUGGAUGCUAUGAAGACGGAGACUUUCGCGCAGCACUUGAAGGAGUACACCGAGCAAUUUCAAGGCAAGAGCUUGGUUCUCAACGUGGAGCGCUUGGACUACUCCAAGGGCCUUCCGCAAAAGCUGGCAGCCAUCCAGAGAUACCUGGAGGAGGCGAAGAAGAGUGCAGAAGAUGAGGAUGCACAGCGGACAGACCGCAUCGAGGAGCUGCAGAAACGCAUCGAUCGGCUCGACAAGCACAAGGCGAACCGCGGGCUGGCAACAUCCAACUUGCGGCGCAUAGGUGCGAAUGUCAUGAAAAUGCUGAUGGGAGACUUCGAGCGGCCGGCAAUGGAGACAGAGUUGGACCACAACAAGACUGUCUUCGUCUUCAUAGCCAUUCCCAGCAGGCGAGACGUGGAGGAGUACCAGAAGAUCGAGGAAGAGGUGCACCGAAGCAUCAGCACCAUCAACGGCAACUUUUCCACCCUCUCGCAUCAGCCGAUCGUCUACAUCCACCGCGGUGUCCCCAUGCCAGAACUGGCCGCCCUCUACGCGCGAGCUGACUGCUGUCUCGUGACGCCGCUCAUCGACGGAAUGAACCUGGUAGCCAAGGAGUUCAUUGCAGCCAAAGACCGCAGCAUAGACAAAGUGGUGCCAGGCACGGUCGUCCUUUCCGAGUUGGCAGGGGCGGCGCAGGAGCUCUUCGAUGCCAUGGUCGUGAACCCGUACGAUGACGAUGCUGUUGCAGAUGCCAUCGCAAUUGGUCUGGAGCUCACCCGCGGAAACCGCUUGAGCGAGGACCAACGCUGGGAAGUCACCGAACGCAUGCGGCAAACCAUCAUCGAAAACGACUCUGCAGCUUGGGGCCGCAGCAUGCUGGCGGAGCUGGAGAAUCCUUUGCAGGGCUCGCGCAUCGCACGACCCGAGAGACUGGCCAUGCAGUACUUGCAGGAUCACUCUGCCCAGAAGUUCUUUGCAUCUCGACCGGGGCUCAAGGCCUUGUUUCUGGAUUACGAUGGCACCCUGCGAGAGUUCGAGGCGAAACCGGAGGAUGCGGUGCCCACCGAAGAGACUCAGGAGAUGUUAGCCAGAUUGGCCAGGCGGGAUGACCUGAAGCUGUACAUCGUCAGUGGCCGAAACCGAGAUUUCCUCGAGAAGCACUUUGGAGAGCUGGCUACCUUGACGCUGAUAGCCGAACAUGGCUACUUCAAGCGUGGGCCAGAUACCGAUGGGAAAUGGGUGGAGUUCACGCCGUACAGCACGUUGGACUGGAUGGACAAGAUCCGUCCGGUCCUCGAGAUGUUCACGCGCUGCACUCCAGGUGCAUACAUCGAGCACAAGGCCUCCGCCAUAGUUUGGCAUUAUCGAGAUUGUGACGAGGAUUACGGCCAGUUCAAAGCCAAGGAGUUAAUGCACCAGUUAGCUCUGAUGCUGGGGAAUCUGCCGUGUGCCAUCAGCCAGGGCAACAAGAUCGUAGAGGUGGCGUCGCUCUCAGUUCGGAAAGGUGUCGUGGUCGGCAAUGCCGUGCAGCAGGCUGUGCUUGACAAGGGAACCGCAAGGCUGCGUGAUGUUGCAAUGCCCGAGUGCUAUCCUUACUCUCCAAUCCCUUACAAGUUCUUGCGACUUCCCAAGUUCCGACCUGGGAUUCGCCCAAAGCUUUUCAGAAAAGAUCAGGCGCCCGCUUCUGACAUGGGUGGGGUGCAGGUCUUGAUUUGUGGCGACGACCGCACGGAUGAGCUCGCAUGUUGUGAACGAGAGCUCUUGGCUGCCGCAUUACCGGCUCCAGCACAUGCAGUAGACAUGAGGAGGGGAGUUCCGGGUUUCCGGCCACGCCAUGCCGGCUCCACCCAGGAGCCUUCAAAAGGCAACUAUGCCUUUUCUCACUACGCACACUCUUUUGCUUAUGCCUACUGGCAUUGUUACAAGAUCAGACUGCCUGGGUGCCCCAAGAAAGCAAUGUCAGACCAGCAGGAUCCGCUAGAGCAAUCCCUGAAGGAACGAGAAGUCAAUGCUGCUCAGACGAUUCAGGCGGCCCCGAUGGCUCCAAUAUCGCCCAAAUCGGGGCCAUCCAUCCAGUCGGAGAAGCAGGCCACCGUGACAUUGCCGCCAUUGCCAGAGGCUUCAUCUCCAGAGUCUCCUGAUACCACAGGCACAUCAGUCUCGAGGAUGAGGUUACCUGAGAUUGCCAUCAUCCGCAGGGACGACUCUCCAUCAGAGGAAGUUCGCGGGAGAGAAGACCGCGGGAGAGAGAGAAUCUUCUCGCGGCAGGGCUCGCCUUGCGACGAUACUCGGGGACGUGAGCUCCGGGAGCGUGAGACGAGCAAAGACCGAGGGGAUCCUAGCAGAGAGCGGGCCAGCAGCGACUUCCGGAAGUCCCCAUCGAGUGAGAUGGGUGGAUCUACCCAGCACCGUGGCGACGUCAGCGUAGAGGGAAGUUGGCUCAACUCCAUGGAGCACUUCGAUCAGUUCGACCUGUCCUUCGAGCAGGAAAUCCAGAGCGAAGACCAAAGCGUGAACGCACGUCUUGCUGCCUUUCUUCAGGGGCAGGCCUUCGAGUCGCUGCUCUCGGUCCUAUUGAUUGCCAAUGUUGCAUUCAUGGCUUUCGAGAUGCAAUAUCUGGGCUCCUUGGCAGGGUACCGCAUUGGGAAGUACACAGACCUCUUCCCCUCGGAAUCUGCUCGGCCCACCAUGAACCAGGUCCUGCUGAUCGGAGAUCUGGUCUUCACGGUGAUCUUCGCAGUAGAUGUUACUGUGCGCAUCAUCGUGCUUCGCUGUCGUUUCUGGCGAGCAUUCAUGAAUUGGAUCGAUGCUUUUGUGGUCGUUACCUCCUCGAUCCAGUGGUUCUUCCCAAGUUUGUCGAUUAACCCGAUCUAUCUGCGGUUGCUGCGACUCGGAAAGCUGGCAAGGGCCUUGCGCAUGGUCACCAUGUCGAAAUCCAUGGACUCCUUGCAGCUUCUCCUGAAGUGCUGCGCAUCCUCAGUGGACAUGCUUUUUUGGUCGUUCUGCCUGCUCACAUUCAUCCAGUGCAUUGCGGGCAUGAUCGUCGGCGCUUUGGUGCGCGAAUUCGUCACGGAUGACUCGAAGCUUAUGGAAGAUCGUCAAAGGGUUUGGGACUAUUACGGGACCUUCAGUCGGACGUUUCUGACGAUGUUUGAGAUAUUAUUCGCAAAUUGGGGGCCGCCUUGUAGAGCCCUCGUCGACCACGUGGACGAGGCAUUCUCGAUCUUCUUCCUGGUCUACCGGUGCAUGAUAGGCUUCGCUGUGUUGAAUGUCGUGAAUGCAGUCUUCGUUCAGCAAACCAUGCUGCUGGCAAAUAAUGAUGAAGACUUGGCCUUCAAGCAGAAGCAGAAAGACUGGGCCUGGUACUCGAAGAAGGUGAAGAGGCUGUUUAACGCGAUCGAUACCUCUGGAGACGGCUCGAUCACGCUGGAUGAGUUUUCACAACUAGUCCAAAGUCCAAAGCUGAAAUUUUGGAUGAGCCAGCUCGAGUUAGAGUACCACGACCUUCUGGGUCUCUUCGAGAUGUUAGAUGAUGGAGACGGGGAAAUAUCAAUUGACGAGUUCCUCGAAAAUGCCAGAAGAUUGAAAGGGCCUGCCAAGGCCAUCGACAUGUUCCGCAUGGAAACGAAAGUCGAGCUCUUGUUGGCGCAGGUCCUGGCAAAUACCUCACCCAAGGCCGCGCGCACCAAGAAUUUCGAGUCCUUGUUCAGGGCUGCCGGCAUUUCGAGGGAGAGCCACGGCUUCGGGAAGGUGUUUGCCGUGGCGGAGGCUUCGUCAUCUGAGCAAAAUCCGUCCAUGUUCCAAGAGGCCCCGAGCCACGCCUACACGGUCAAGGUCGGCCCCGGCGAGACCACCGCAAGGUAUCGGUUGCCAGCUCCUGCCGACGUCCGGCAUUUUCUUUCGCUUAUCGCUGACCAAAGCUGCGCAGAGGAAAGCCACGAGGAAGCAGAGCUUGAGCCGCACAAGCGAGGUGAUCAGCACCGAGAUUCUGGAAAGAUCUCUCGGUUCUAUUCCUUCAAAGACGAGGCCCGGUCGCAGGAGAAGCAGCGCCGGCUCUCGGCUUGGAACAGCAUCGAGUCGGUCAAAGAUCCGGAUGAGGAAGAUCCGCUCGCCGCCCUCGGGGAGACCGAGGAUCUUGCGCAGGAGGUUUGA